GAGGGACACGUGACCUAUUAUUAAACAUAUAAAGCUCCUCCUUUCUCCUCUGUCAGUCACUAAUCUAGUGAGAUCUCGAGUGAGAUACUGCUCUAACUAAAGAUGGCAACAGGAGGAGGAAAGCAGGAGCACCUUUACAAGGUGUUGGUGAUUGGUGAUCUCGGUACUGGGAAGACCUCAAUCAUCAAGAGAUACGUACAUCAGUUCUUUUCACCUCACUACAGAGCAACAAUUGGAGUUGAUUUUGCUCUCAAAGUAUUAAAUUGGGACAACAACACUACAAUCAGGCUACAGCUAUGGGAUAUCGCAGGUCAGGAGCGCUUUGGUAACAUGACGAGGGUGUAUUAUAAAGAAGCAGUAGGAGCUUUUGUGGUGUUUGACAUGACUCGUUUGUCGACUUUUGAGGCUGUAACAAUGUGGAAGUCUGACCUUGAUAACAAGGUCCUCCUCCCCAAUGGGAAGCCAAUACCAGCUGUACUACUAGCGAACAAGUGUGAUUUAGCUAGUGAAGGUUUCCUUGGCAACGUUGGACAAUUAGAUGAUUAUUGUAAAGAGAAAGGGUUUGCUGGUUGGUUCGAAACAUCCGCUAAAGAAAAUAUCGGAAUCGAUGAGGCAGCACGAUGUCUUGUAGCUAAAAUACUUGAGAAUGAUGAAUCAAUAGAACAGCAGGCUCCUGAUAAAGACGUCCUCCAUGUUGAACAAGAAACGAAAAAGAAAUCAGGAGGAUGCUGCUAGCUACAGUACAUUAUUAUAUGCACCAUUAAUAUAAUUAUUAAUAUUCAUUUAAAAUUAUUGGAUUUCUAGCAUAUAUUAUUAAUGAUAUUAUUAUUAUUAUUAUUAUUAUUAUUGUUGUUGUUGUUGUUGUUAUUAUUCAUAUGUUGUCUGUUAGUUGUUGCUGAAUAGAUUGUGUGUGUGUGUGUUUAUUUAUUAAUUAAUGAUAAUUAAUGACUCCUGUUCACUAUUUUGAUAUAA